AUGGUGCAGGAACCCAAUGGGAGCUGCACGAGGAGGGGCUGCAAACGCAGAUCGAGGGGAUCUGAGGAGGAAAGAUUCACUCUGGUCCAGGAAGAUGGACAGAGCUUCAGCCAGAGCUCGAAGCUGGUGGUCCCUGAGCAGCUUCAUGAUAAGGAGAAGCCCCAUAAGUGCUCGGAGUGUGGGAAGAGCUUCAGGUCAAACUCCAACCUGAUCCAGCAUCAGAGGAUCCACACUGGGGAGAAGCCCUAUGAGUGUGAGGAAUGUGGGAAGAGCUUUAGGUCAAAUUCUAAUGUGAUCCAGCACAAGAGGAUCCACACUGGGGAGAGGCCCUACGAGUGUGGGGAAUGUGGGAAGAGCUUCAGGCGGAUCUCCCACCUGAGCAGCCACAAGAGGAUCCACACUGGGGAAAGGCCCUAUGAGUGUAGGGAGUGUGGGAAGAGCUUCAGGCAGUGUGGUGCCCUGAUUGUCCACCAGAAGAUCCACACUGGGGAGCGACCCUACGAGUGUUCCAAGUGUGGGAAGGGGUUUCAGACUCGCUCCUAUCUCCUCUUGCACUAUCGAGCUCAUACAGAUGAGAG